AUGGCGACGCCCUCCGACGUCACCGCGAUCCGCGAGACGUUCGAGGCUGCCGACCAAGGCCACGUCUUCGCGCACUACGACGCGCUCGACGCGUCGCAGCGCGCGUCGCUGUCGGCGUCGCUCGCCGCGAUCGGAGAUCCGCAUCGCGCGGCGUCCAUCUACGCGCGGUCUACCGCCGCGCACGCCGCGAACGCGUCGUCCGAUGGAUCCGGUGAUCCCGCGGGGUCCUCCCUGUACUAUGCGCCCGUCGCCGCGGACGACGGCGUCGACACCGCGGACGCGAGCGUCGUCGCGAGAUGGACAGAGGAAGGGAUCGCGAUCGCGCGACGCGGCGAGCUCGCGGUCGUCCUACUCGCGGGAGGGCAAGGCACGCGACUGGGGAGCGCGGACCCGAAGGGGAUGUACGACAUCGGGCUCCCUAGACACAGGAGCCUGUUUCAGUUCCAAGCGGAGCGGCUGCUGAAGCUGACGCGAUUGGCGGGGAAGGAAGGAGAGGGCGUUGGGGAGAGAGCGAUCGUGCCGUGGUACGUGAUGACUUCGCCGCACACGCACGCCGCCACGGUUGAGUAUUUUCGCGAGAAGAAUCACUUCGGGCUGCCCGAAUCCGAGAUCACGUUCUUCCAGCAAGGCACGCUGCCGUGCUUCGACGACGACGGGAAGAUGAUCAUGAAGUCGAGGCACGAGGUGGCGACCGCGCCGGACGGGAACGGCGGCUUGUACGCCGCGCUCCACGCGUCGGGCGCGAUCGACGACAUGCGACGCAGAAACGUUAAACACGUGUACGCGUACUGCGUCGACAACGCGCUCGUGAAGCCCGGGGACCCGACGUUCGUGGGAUUCUGCGCGCUGCGAAACGUUGCCGCGGGCGCCAAGGUGAUCGCGAAAGCGGCCGCGGACGAGCCCGUGGGCGUGUUCACGCGGCGGGACGGUAAAGUCCACGUCGUGGAGUACUCCGAGAUGCCGGCGGCGCUCGCGACGGCGACGGACGCGGACACCGGGAAGCUCACGUACGACUGCGCGAACGUCGCGCUGCACUACUACAGCUUCGACUUCCUCGCGAAGUGCUGCGACCCGGACGGGGAGGUGCAAAAAGCGCUGACGUAUCACGUCGCGCGGAAGAAGAUCCCGCGGUUGAGCGACGACGACGCGACGACGACGACGCCAGAGUCGCCCAACGGCGUGAAACUCGAGGCGUUCAUCUUCGACGCGCUGCAGUUCGCGGGCGACUCCGUCGCGUUCCUGCGCGGCGUUCGCGAGGACGACUUCGCGCCGGUGAAGAACGCGGAGGGGACGGGGAAGGACUCGCCGGACACCGCGAGGAAGCUGGUGAGCGGGCAGCACGUCCGGUGGAUUGAAAAGCACGGCGGCUCGGUCGUCUAUAACAUGGACGACGCGGGGUGGGAGAUCGCGCCCGCGGUGUCGUACGCGGGGGAAGGCCUGGAGGAGAUCGUGAAGAAGAAAGGGGCGUUUCCGUUCAUGGCGUACAGGGAUAACCUCGAGCCGGACUUGGAGGAGGCUCGGAGAAAGCGCACGGCGGGGGCGGUCGCGGCGGAGGACGCGCGAAUGGCGAAGAAAUGAAAAUUGAUUUCAGUUCGUUCGCGUAACCGGACAGGACGGAAUCGGAACGCGUCGUCGGUUCGAACGAUUCGAUUUAAUGAUUGAUUAUAAUCACAAAAA